AUGUCAUCAUCAGCAUCUCCUCAACCACAACCACAACAAGUGAGCAAUAACAACUCCGUGCUGGUGAUUCAACUCUCAUCUUAUGGUAUACGGUAUGAUUGGAAUGAUUUAGAGUCGACAGAGCCAAAAACUCUCAUCAAUUGUAUGGCCAUUCCAAAACACAUUAUUCAGUCCUUUGCCAAGCCUUCCCAAUCACACCCGACAACAACAAUAGACGAUCAUGAGGAUGAUGAGGUUCCUCUACCGUCCUCUUCAUCAUCAACUUUAAAGGAUCAAACAAAACAUUCCUUCCUAAGUUCUACUUGUGAAAAACAAGUCAUGUCAAUUAGAGGUAAAAUUCUAGUGGAUAGAAAAGUACUGCCAGAAAAUAGGAUUGAAACUGAUAAUUAUUUGGAACCAGUGACAAUGGAAAAUAGUAGUACAAUCAAACAGAAAUAUACCUCUCAAGAAUAUGAAUUAUCGAGUUUUCUAGUUGGUAAACAAGCCAUUGAUACAAAGAGAAUUUAUCCAAAUGAUUUUGUAUUAUAUUUUCCAAUCAAGUAUGGAUUGUUAAAUUGUGAUUUGACUGGUUAUGGACAUAUUGAUGAAAAUGUUGCUUUGGAAAUUCAAAUUAAUUUGUUAUCAAGAUGUAUUGAAGAAUUAAUUCAAACAUCAUCUAGUACUAGCUUUUCUUUAUUGAUGAUUUUCAGUGAUACAUUCCUAUCACAACAAUUGAAACAUUUAAAGAGAAUUAUUGAGGAUUUAUUAACUCAAUUUACAAAUAUCGAGAAUAUUUCCAUUCAAAAGGAUAGUGUAAUGUCACUUUAUGGAAGUGGAAUCUCUCAUCAACAGAAUGAGCUCUAUACUGUAGAUAUGGGUCUGACAAAGACAUCUAUUUAUGCCUAUCAACCAAAUGGAAGAUUGGCAAGUGUAAUUCAUUAUCCAUAUGGAGGAUAUGAUGUAUAUCAUUUAAUUAUGGAAUAUUACAAAUUCGAGUAUGAUGAAAAUGUUAGAAAGUAUUGUUUGACACUCAAAUCAAACACUCACCAAGAAACAGUUCAGCAUUUACACAAUAUUUAUUUGGAAGACACUCAAGAAUUUGCUUCAUCGAUAUCAGUUUCAACAGAUGUUUUCUACAUUGCCAGUAAUUUAUAUUUCAAUACCAAGUUAUUGCCCUCUCCAAAGAAGAAACUCUACUCUCUAUUGAAUCCAACACAACAAUCCAAGAUUGCAUCCAUUGAAAAAUACCUUUCAAAGAUUUUCAAAGGAGGAACAGGUAGUGUCACCAUUUGUUUAACAGGUGGAUUUUCAAAUAUUCAAUUCUUCCCAGAACACUUGAAGGAAAUGCUUAAAAAGAAGAGAAUCAAGAUAUUAAUUUCGAAUGAAAGAGACAAAUUAGUUCCAUCCCAUUGCACCACAUGGAAAGGAGGAGUAAUUAUUACACACAUUAUGAAUCCUGACAAUUAUCAAUAUGAAGAGGAUGAUUCCACAUCCAAUGCCUCCAAUACUGACAAAUCCAAUCUCACCAACAAGUUAUUCUUCCACAGAAAUGAACUAUUCCAGCACUCUUCUCAAUCUUUGGCAUCAAACAUUCCAAAAUUUGUCAAUAGUUCCAUUCUCUUAGAAAGAACUCUCUAA